ACGUUGCAGGUGUGAUGAGUUCGACAGCGGAGUAUGAGUGGGGAAUUGUCGUCUUUGGUGAGAACAACAAAGGGAGAAUCACACAUGAAAUGAUGCGCUCUUUCGCCAAUAUGUUUCGUCACAACAGUUCCAAGCUGGGAUUGGAUUUAGUGCAGUUACCAUUUUUUCUAUUUACCAAAAAUAUGGCCAUGGUACAAAGUGAAGUCGAAGAAUGGUUCGAAGAAUUGGAAUCGGACAAAGUUGUGAUGCUUGUGAUGUUGUUCAAUGAUAGUGAUUCGAACGAAGUAGAGGAGAAAAUGCGAAGAGCUUGGAAAGAAAACGUCUUGCUCUAUACACAGAGAAGUGAUAGUUUGCUUUGUUGUGCACGUGAUGGAACUGAAAAAAUAAUAUGCUGUUGGAUCAAAGAAAUUUGUGAACUUUUAAAUAGGAGAUUUUACGAAGGUUACGGGAACCUCGAAGAACAUAUAAUCAAUGGAGAUCAGCUACCACUUGAUUUUGUUCAUAUUGAGAAUAUUUUUUUAGAUUUGCGAAAAUUGGAAAAACCACUGAAGGACUUAGAUUUGGUGAAAUACAUCGAUACUCCAAUGCUGCAUAAUAGAUUACGUAUUCCAUUCGCCGACAAAGAGCAAAAUGGCCGACUACUUGCCAUUCUUUCAGUUGCUUCGUUUACAGAACUUCCAGAUCUUCAAACUUCAGUCGUUAAUUUUGUGGAGAAGAUUCUCAAAUCGGGUUUUGUUUCUUUCAUGCUUCGUGAGAAUGCAUGUUAUAUACGCAGUGUUGCUAAUGACGAAUGCUGUAGAACUCUUUUCAUUUACCUUCAAGACAUUAUGCAGAUAUUAUACAUUUCAAAAAUUAAUCACAUUCAAGAUUUCGAUAUUGUAUGUGAUGAGUUUCUAAAUUUUAUGGAGUUAAUUCCGGAAAAAUGUUGGUCAGCUAUCGAUGAAAGACUUCAAUUAACGAUUUUCACAAUGUUACAGAAUUUAACCAUCGAUAUUUCUGAAUCUUUGGCAAUAGAUUUGCAUGAAAACCGUGAAUUUAAUGUAAUGGACAGCAGUAUGAAAUGUUUUGAUAAUCGAGUGUCUCUUGAUCUUAUCGAGGAGUGCGAAAGUAAAGAUUAUAGUCCAGCAUGGAUCAAUUAUGAGGACGUAAAACCUCCAGAAGAUUUCCGGACAUUGUCAGUUUACGCUACUAGCAAUGAUAUACUUCACCCAGCUCGACCUUAUAUUCGAAAAAAUAUUGUUAGAGGAAAUUAUUCAAAUCAAGAACAUUAUCUCGAUGUACAGUUUCGUCUUAUGCGUGAAGAUUUGGUUGCUCCAUUACGGGACGGCAUAAAGUUAUGGAAACAACAAAAAGGAAAAGAAACUUUUUUGUCAUAUACAAUGGAUGCAAGUGAAGAACUUGACCUGUUGGUUAUAAGAGGUGUUAGUGUGGAAGGCGCGCAACUAAAACGAAGCACAGGAGAAAUUAUUCGUUACGUUAUUUUUCAGCCAGUGAGCAUUGAUAAUUCUUGGUGUUCACGACUUAAGUAUGGACAAUUGGUAACCUUGUCAAGCGACGAAUUUCAGGAUGAGGCCUUACUUGCUACUGUUGCUGAGAAUGAUCCCACUGAAUUUUUAAAAGGAAAAUUGGGAUUACGUUUUUUCGAUGAUCGCUCAGUUUCACGAGCCAAAAUUUACACUUUAGUCGAAUCGAUCUCGUAUUAUGAAAUGUAUCAUUAUGUCUUGGAAUGCAUUAAGCGUUUCAAUAACAAUUACGAGAUUCCUUUUGGUCGUUUUUUGCUGAAAACUGAAACUGAUGUUCACUUCCCUUCAUACCUUGUUCAUCAAAUAGACAAGGAUUCUCACAGUUCCUCGGAUUCGUUGAACAGUGAAUAUACCGACUAUAAUGAGUUUUCUUCUUUAACCAAAGAAACUGUGAUUGCUAAAGAAAUAAGCAUUUUUGGAGCGAAAUAUAAUGUGGAUAAAUUAAAAUAUACGCUUGACGGUAAUAAAGUGGCUUCUGGAUUAGACGACGCUCAACGAAAUGCGUUAUGCUACGCUCUUACGCACGAAUUUGCAUUGAUCCAGGGACCUCCGGGUACAGGCAAAACUUUUCUUGGUCGCCUUAUUGUACGCAUUUUGCUGGAAAAUAUGAAUAUGUGGAAUCCAAAGCGAAUAAAUCCUAUACUAGUUGUAUGCUUCACCAAUCAUGCUUUGGAUCAGUUCUUGGAUGGUGUUUUAGCAGAUUUAAUACAAGAUAAACGUCACAGUGACGAACUUCCUAAUAUUGUUAGAUUUGGUUCGCGAUGUAAAAGUGAAAUUUUAAAAAGGUACACAAAACGAUCGGUGUUGGAAGCAUACACUAACUUAAUUUCGGAUGCAGCAAAGCUCAAGGUGAAUCGAAUAAAGUUGAAAAGAAUUCAUUUAUUGGAAAUGAUUCGGUCUCAAGUCGCUGUACUAACACUUCUUAAGAAUGAAAUUCUAUCUUUCAAAUGCAUGCAACAGGUGAUGUUACCAGAACAUAUCCAACAAUUCAAUAUGCAACGACAGACCAUGGGAAAAGGAUGUUCAAUGGAUGAAAUAUUCUCUAGAUGGCUUCUGGAAGGUGAUUCUGGUAGGGAAGAUUGUGUCAGUAUAGAAUACGAUGCAGAUGAAAAUUGUAAGAAGGGAAAAUUUUCCCGAAAUGACAAUCCGGAAAUAUCAGUUUUCUGGUCCAUGGAUGGGGCAUUUCCCAACGAAUGGAAAGAAGAAAUGCUUGGAUCAGUCCCACAGAAUGAUUGCAUAGCUUGGAAAGAAAUGCAGGAACUGCUUAGGAUUAACUCAGAUGUAGACGACUAUUAUCAUUCUGGUGAGUGGGAUCUUGAUAAAGAUCCUAAUGCGUCCGCCAUAGAACCAGUAACAAUAUUCUCAGAUCAAAUGUCUGGCAAAUUAAAGCAACGUGCAAAUGCAAAAUACGGUGCCGAGCUUAUUGCAGAUCUGAAGGAUGUGAAGGCUAAUAUAUUAAAAAGUUCACCUUUGACAUUAGAGGAAGCUUCAUCUGUCAAAAACCUGCAAACUUUACACAGACAUCGUCGUUGGGCUUUAUAUAUGCAUUGGACCGGUAAACUUAAGGUUGUUGUAAAUAAAAAACUGGAUAUUCUCAUAUGUAAGUAUCAAACUGUUAUGGAGGAAGUUAACAAGGAAUUCGAUCUUUUGGAUGAAGUCGUUCUACGAAAGGCACUGAUUAUCGGCGCAACUACAACUUGCGCUGCAAAAAUGAAACCGUUUUUGGAUCGUCUUGGUUGUCCUAUUGUAAUAGUGGAAGAAGCAGCUGAAGUCCUGGAAGCUCACGUUUUGACAAGCAUUACAAAUAAAUGUCAGCAUGCUAUCUUGAUUGGAGAUCAUCAGCAGUUACGUCCAAAUCCUGCGGUGUUUGCUCUUGCUCGUGAGUAUAAAUUGGAUAUAUCAUUGUUUGAAAGGUUGAUCAGAAAUAAUUUCCCAUACGCGGUACUGGAAAGGCAGCAUCGUAUGGCUCCUGCUAUAUCGAAUACUUUUAUGCCGGAAUUUUAUCCUUUAAUGAAAAAUGCCGACAAUGUUUUGAGUUAUCCAGAUGUUAAAGGCUGUCGGAAGAAUUUGUAUUUUAUUAACCACUCACACGAGGAAGAUGUGCUCUUCUCUACUUCACAUAAAAAUUCAUUCGAAGGCGAUUUUAUGAUCCGUUUAUCUACUUAUUUUAUUCAGCAGGGCUAUUCUUGUUCACAGAUCACGUUAUUAUGUGCCUAUACAGCUCAGGCAAAUUAUGUAAGGACACAAAUGUUAAAAUUCAACAACUCAAGUCUUCCUUUGGUUGAAACUGUUGAUAAUUAUCAAGGAGAAGAGAAUGACAUAAUCAUUCUAUCUCUUAUACGUUCACAACCGAGUAAUGGUAUCGGUUUUCUUGGGGUUUCUAAUCGCGUAUGUGUAGCUUUGUCACGCUCCAGACUUGGUCUUUACGUGAUAGGCAAUAUGCACUUUCUUAGAUCUAACUCACUUCUCUGGCAUAGGCUGUGUAUUGCUUUGGCAAAUGCUGAUUGUAUUGGCGUUGGCUUCCCAGCAUUUUGUGCUAAGCAUGAUGUUACACAGAUUAUUCACAGCGCGGAUGAAUUUUUAAUCAAAACUCCUGAAGGUGGUUGCUAUUGUCCUUGUGAUUUUGUACGACCUUGCGGUCACAUCUGUGGUCAACCUUGUCAUCGAACAGAUCCAGAACACAGGACAACAUGUACUCAUCCUUGUCUAAAGACAUGCUCGAAACUGUUCCGACAUCUUUGUACAAAAUUAUGUGGUGAAUCUUGCGGUACUUGUCAGUCUUUUGAGAACAAGACUUUCCCAUGCGGUCAUGCAACUAGCGUUGUUUGUUAUCUAUUCGAGGAAACAGUGUGCCAAGAGAAAUGUCUGAAAGAAUUGCCAUGUGGCCAUCGGUGUACGAAAAAAUGCAGCGAGUCGUGCAAGUGCUCAUAUAAUGUUUUACUGAAUUGUGGACAUACCGUUGCAGCUACUUGUUCUGAAAAACAAAAAAUAAAAUGUGUAGUGGAAGUAGAGAAAACAUUUACUACGUGUAGUCAUCGCUGGAUAGUACCAUGUCAAAACUACAAAAAUGCGCGUUGCGGUGAAAAAUGUGAAAAAAUUCUACCUUGUGGUCAUCGCUGUCAAUCGCUCUGUGGAAACUGCACACUGGAAGGGUGUGCUAGUUGUCCUUCAAUUUGUGGUAAACGACUUUCUUGUGGUCACGAUUGUUUGCGUACAUGUGGAACACCUUGCGAGCCUUGCAUUGCUUUUUGUUCAAAUCAGUGCGGACAUUCACACUGCGGUCAACAACUUGAUAUACUUGCGGAACAAAGAACUCGAUGUGCUGAUUUGUGCAGCUUUUGCGUGCAGCGUUGCAUGAAUAGCUGCAAACAUCAAGAAUGUCAAAUGCAAUGCUGGCAAGUAUGCAGCAUUAGCCCGUGCAGUUUUUCGUGUGACAAAAAGCUUGAUUGUGGGCAUACUUGUCUCAGUCCAUGUGGCGAAAUUUGUCCAGAUAUUUGCGUUGAAUGCCAAGGAAUAAAUGUUCCUGUUCUGCAGUUUCAAGGAUGUAAAUGUAUUGUUAGUAUUGAGGAGGCCGACCUCCAUAUACGAGGACAGACAUCAAGAAAGCAGCAGUAUACAUGUCCAAAGUGUGGUUGCAAACUCCCUGUCAAUGGUUGCUUUCGAUAUGCAAGAGAAUUGAAAGAACAAGCUAUUUUCAAUGAAAGGAUCAAGUUCGCAAAAAUGUUAACUGAUGGCUUAUUAAUCAAUUUGCAGUGUGAUGUUUUGAAACAAGCUGAAGAUGAUUUAGCAAAAAUCAUGCGAAUAAGGAAAAAAAAAAGCCAUGCUACAAUAGAAGUAGCCGAAAUAUUACGUCUAGUUAUAACGAGGCUUAACACAGAGUUCUACAAUCAUUCAGGUAUCAUGAAAUGGCAGAUAAUGAUAAAUAUGCUUUCCGAUAUGUGCCGGUUAGUUACGUACAUUAUUACCGAAAAAUUCACUUCUAUUCCGAAGAAGCGCUACUCCAACUUGUAUAUACUUUUCCGUGAUUCACUUGGAACAGAUAAUGUUUUCUCCUUGCUGGAAAUGGAUCUUCUCAGGUUAUUAAUUUUUGUGAAAUUAUUGGAAACGGAAUCACCAUCGAUGUUAGAAAUACCGGUAGCAAAUGGGCUACGAAAAAUUUCUGUUAAAUACAUGCUUGGAUGCCUCGCAAAUGACUGCAUCAAAAAAAUGAAAGAUUUGAAUAUGUGUCAACUCAAGGGUUUGCUAGAAGUAACGGUGAAGGCAUUGAACUGGUCUAGUGAUACGGAACAGAAAAAAGCUUCUUCCCGAUUUGUACAAUAUUGUCGUAAUUUGUAUGAAGUUUUGAACAUACAACCUAUGCCGGGCAGUGAUUUGCAGUGUUUGAAUUUUCCUUAUUAA